AUGUUGCUUGUUUUUCCGCUGGUGACCGCGGAGGGAUGCAAGAACCUUCUCCUGGCGGGAGUUAGCGCCACCCUCCAGGACCAAGCCUUGGCGCAACCGAGCGACAUGGGCGCCAACUUCUUGCUCAGCGGCCAAGACGUGGGCAAGAACCGCGCGGAGGCUAGCGCGGACAACGCGAGGGAACUAAACCGGCUCGCGAGCGUGUCGAGCGAGACCAGGCCGCUGGAAGAACUGCCGGACGACUUCUUCAAAGCAUUCCGGGUGGUGGUGCUGAGCGGCGCGGCGCCGGCACAACGGCGGCGAGUCUCAACGUUGUGCCGAAAAUUCAACGCGGCGUUCUACACGGUGGAGACGUUCGGUUACGAUGGGUUUCUGUUCUGUGAUCUGGGACCGAAACACGUCUUCCGCAGAGAGAUCGGACAGGGCCUGAGCGACCCCAUGGACAUGGAGUUCCCGAGUCUAGAGGAGGCGUCCGCGGCCCAGUGGAGUUUCCUCAAGGACCGAUGGGGCCCGCCUCCGAAGCCGUUCGUCACGGCACAAGUCGUCGCCCUGUUCCAGGAAAAGUUCGGCAGAAUUCCCCUCCCGGCGGACACACCGGAGUGCGCCGCCGUCAUCGAAAGCGCCCUGGAGAAGAACGGCCUGCCUCCGGACUUCUUGGGAGAAGCGGGGCCCGUUGCAGGCGGGGCGGCGGCCUCCUUGUGCGCCACGGCCACGGCCGAGGUCUCCCCAGUGUGCGCCAUCUUGGGGGGCAUAUUGGGGCAGGAGGUCAUCAAGGCUAUUUCCGGCAAGGGUGCGCCUGCUUGCAACUGCGUAGCUCUGACAGGGAUGACCGGAGAGGCCAAGAUGUUCAGAGCGCCCAGCAAGGCAAAGGCCUAGUCGUCACAAUCUACGAUAGAGUCUUCUCCAAUACCCUUUAACUACUGUGAUGUAUUGAAAAGGAAUGGCGACGAGGCAAUUCUGGGUCUCGCCUGGGGGGAGUUGUACCAAGUUGUAUUCUUUCUAGGCACGUACGUUGUAUUGGAGGUGCAGAUACUGAAUUGGUACGUGGAUGCUGCUGGCGAUCAAGAAAAGUCAACUACCAUCGACAUACACGCGAUGGCCACAGCUGUAGCCUUUGGCCCAGAAUGUAGCGGAGGUUUUUUGUUUUGUUUUGUUUUUCUCCCAUCAUUGGACUCUGUCGUCUGCCCUUCUGGCCCCUAUCCUCCACCUCUACCAGCUAGACGACCCAACCGGGGUCACAUAGGAGGGGGGGGGUGGACCCCCUCCUGCUGUUCAUGCCUGAGGCGCCCAGCAUGGAUCUCGGCGAGCAACGACUGACUUUUCGCAUCUCGCUUGCGCACGGGGUGUGGCUGGAUCAAUGCUUACGAGCAAAGAAAGAGUGUGCGAGGUGCAAGAGAAAUCAGUUAUUAGUGCAGCAGCACCAGCCGGACCACUGACAAGAGGCCGAAGGUGCCAUGCAGUCGAACAUUUGAUUGAACGGUCACCGCGGACCGCAGUCGAAUUUGUUUCGAUUCAAGCGAUUUUGGCCUGUGGUGCGCGAUCCUGGGUCCCGGGCGAAAAAAAAUAUGCAUGUCCGAACUGCAACUACUCUCCGGUCGCCCCGGUGGUCUUCUAGUGGUAUCAUCGUAAUCCGCUAGUCGCAGAGGUCGUGAGUUCGAAUCCCCAUGGGUGAAAAAAUUACGAAAUUUGCGGGUGAAAACGAAAUAUAGCUGACAAUAUCUCUCGUGGUGGCCAGUGGGCACGGUUACGGGGGGGUUAAAUUGACCUGUAACCCCUAGGCGUUGUACAACCUGCGCAACCCGGUCGGGCGCACCGUUGCCAACCUCCAAGGUCAGGCAGGGUUCGGAAACGCCGGCCCAAACCCAGUUAAGGGAUAUUUGUAUCUGUGCUUGGUUGCAGGCGAGUUUGUCCAAGCCCGACAAUGUCCAUGCCUUGCCGCGAAACCUAUGUACCAGCCGGUGUCCACAGAGUACACGACACACCGACACUCGCGGCAAAAAAAAAAAGCUUCAAGGGUGCCGGCAUUUGAAGCCCGAUUUUAUAGUUGACUACCGUUAGACGUGCAAAAAUA